GAGGCAAAAUUGCACGUACACCUACACUAACUUAUUCGUCUUCGCGAGUAGUGUAGUGGAUGCUUAAUAGGUUAAUUACGAAAUUGCAAGAGUGUGUCGACAUGCACUUCGAACUUCAGUUAAUUUCGUCGAAGCAUCAAAGCGAAUCGUGUAGUGGAGCAAUUAUGUAUAGAUAUAACGUGCUGCUUUGUCAAUGCGCGACGUAUUACAUAUAUAUGCGCCACUGAUGAACACAAAAAACUUGAACUGCUCGUGAAUUCACAGAAUAUACUUAUCUACACUCUACUCUUAGAUUCGAAACGUCAGAAUUAAAUCGUGCUGAAUUUUGCGCUAAACAAUAAGUAGUUCAACCGACCCAUGUAAUUUAUUUUUUUAUUUAUUAAAGUGUCGGCAAGUUCACUUUUUUAUAAUGUCUCACAGUUUACAUGGUACUUUUGUAUCAGAAAAAAUUAAUAAAAUCCGUUGGAGAUCAGAUGAAUUUAAUAACUGCCAUUAUUUUGUUACUGGAAGUGUUGAUAACAUUCAAAACAAUAUCAAGUUGUGGGAUUUUUGUGAAAAUAUCGAAGACGAUGAUAUUUACCCGUUUUUAGUGUUUAACGAACCUUUCUGUGGAGAUGUUACGGAAAUUCAGUUUUUGAAUCCAGAUUAUUUUGUAACAUCAUCUUCAAGUGGCUCGGUGCAUUUGAAAAAAAUCGUACCUUCUUUAUCACAAAGUAUAUCAUUAAAAAGUGAAAUCUGCUGGAAGGGUAUACAUGUUUUUAAAAACGGAGAUGAGAGUUCAUGUACAUCUUUGGCCACAUAUGAAAAUGAUAUUGUCACAGUAGGGGAAGAUGGUCGAAUUAAUUUGUUGAACGCCAAAUCUUCAAAAGUUUUCAGAACAAUUGAAGAUGCGGAUAGUUGUUCCCUACACUGUGUUACAUUUUUGAAACACAAUGAAAUUUUAACAAGUAAUUUGAGAGGACAGUUGAAAAUUUGGGAUUUGAGAAAUGCAGACAACAAUCCUAACAAUACUUUCAUGAUAAAUGGUGAACAAGCAACACCCACAUGUCUUACUUUCCAUCCAACACAGAGGCAUAUAGUAUUAACUGGAGAUGAUUUAGGAUCAUUAACAACUUGGGAUCUGAGACAUCACACUUAUCCUUUAAAUGUCUUGAAUGCUCAUGAAGGUGCUAUAACUGAAAUCAAAUUCAAUCCAGAAUUUUCAGACCAACUUUUUACAUGUUCAACUGCCGGUGAAAUUUGGCAUUGGACUACAAAAGCUGCUGCUAUUCCUUCACUUUUACCAGACAAUGGGGAACCUAAUGUAUGGUUAACACCAGAUAAUGUGAGAAAUAAGUUAGAAGUGUACACUUUGAUGCCAACUUUGGGUAAACCAAUAAACUCAUUAGAUUUACAUAGGAAUAGAGUUAUUUGUGGUUGUGACAAUGAAGCUAUUUAUUUGAUUAAUGGUGUGAAUUUAUAAGUUAUUUUAAUAAUAAAUAAAAAUAAUAUUCUGUCAAUAAAAAAA